GUUUCUUGGGCGGUGUUUGUUGGUUUUCGUAGUCAUUUGCUUAUGUGCCUGGUUGGCUCGACGAGUCUACAAUUUAAGGAGUAAACAGCUUUUGAUUUGAUUUGAUUUGAUUUGUUUCGUUUGAUGAUGAUGAUGGGAUGAAUGCUCGAUCGAAGGACAGUGUUCUCCUCAACUGAGUACUGUUCCUGUUGACCGCUGUGCUGACUUCUUAAAUACCUUCCUCACCAGUUUCACCCACUUCCAUCCUGUCUUAAGAGAACUGGUUUGAACAUCUUCAAUAAUUUAUUGGCUUGAGAUCACAACAACUGCUAAUUAUGAAUUUGUACCUGCGGAUGUAACAGUACGCAUACUGAUCGUACAUACUCGAACCGGCGGAGGGGUUUCUUGUUGACCGAGUGACUCGUUAUAAAAGACGGAGACUUGAUUCAAGACCAAACGGGAUGAUGGCCAACAGCAACUCCAAGCCGCCCCUGGUCUCUCAUUUCUUUCAUACUGGUCCAGCGCUAUCGGACUUCAACUCGCUUGGUUCCAUCAUCUCCAACCCAACCAACAACUCAGCAGCACCCUCAACUAAUCUUACUACAAACAAUCAACCUUCCAAUCCCACCAGCGGUAUUACCACCACCACCACCACCACCAAUAUCAAUACUAGUACUACAACAACCGUCACUCGAGUCGUCGCUAAUGCUUCCCUCCCUGCUCCGGUGGCAUGUAGUCCAUUUAAUAAGAAGGAAAAUGCAAACAUCGAACUCGCCUGGCAACUCUUACACUCUCACCGAAAUUCUAGCUCGAGCUCCGCAAAAAAUACCAUCAGACGUUCAUCCGGCUCCACUGUGACUGAUAAACAAAUUUCUGAUCCCGAUCGAUCUCAACAAUCAAACUCUGAGAGUCAUCAUAUUCCUCAUCUCGAAUUCACACCGAAAGGGAAGGCGAAAUUGAUGUCUGAAACCAACGGCAAAAAUGACGAUCAGGACGAUUAUAGUCCCUCGGUUAAAUUGCCAGAUAACCAACCGAUGGAUGUCGAUGAACUCGACAAUGAGGAUGGCGUGCUCAACCUAUCAAUGGAGGAUCAUCCCUACAUCGUUCCAGUUGGUCUGGAUUCACUAUUCACAGUAGACGUUCGCAGAUUGAAGCUUUAUCCUGCAUUCUGGCAUGGCCCUCAUUUGGACGUCUAUAAAGGAAAAUGGUUUUACCCCACAACUAACAAGCAAAAAUUCUAUCCUUGUGAUCCCGCCCUUGCAGAAGCUCUGGAAGCUGCCUAUGAUCAAAUCAAACCUUGGGACAUAUCCUACGAGGAUGAGCUACGUUCGGCACUCAAGAUAGGAACCGAAGCAGAAGACAAAUUAAAAGUGCACCUCAAAGAGUUUGAUCACGAUGUAAUCUUCGAGACAGCGAGCCAAGGUAGGUUAUAUUCCACGGCGGUGAGCAGCAGGAUAAGCAAGACGAUCCUUACAAAUUUCUUCACGAGUAUCUCCAAGAAGACGGCGGGUUACAGUGGGGGGACGGUGGUGAUCCGUGGCUGGGAUCAGGUUCAAAGCUGGAGUGGAUUGGAAUCUGAAGAGAAGUCCUCAGAUAACUCCGAUCGAGGCGGGAUUGGCGCGGCUUCUGGACUUAAUACUACCGCGGAUAUGUUGCAAGAAGAAGACUUGGAAAACACAGACGCGAAAGUCUCUGAAUUAGUUUUGGUGAUCCAUGGAAUCGGUCAAAAGUUAGCCAAAUCCUAUGAUUCGUUUGAUUUUGUCCAUGCUUGUAAUCAAUUACGAGUCGAAUGUCACAAGGCAAGUACCACGGACCCGAAAAUGAAGAACUUUCUUCAAAACAGAAGGGUCCAAUUCAUCCCUAUUCGAUGGAGACAUUCGUUGGAUUUCGAGAUGGAGGGAUUCACUGAGCAAGGAGAUGGCAGGUCCUCCGAAGCUGAGAUCGAAGAGGGAAAACAGACUAAAAAUCGAUUUGCGAUGAAAGAUAUCCAAAUCCCAGAUAGUAUUCCAUUCGUGCGUGAGGUGGUGACUAGCUUAGUGCUUGAUGUGCCACUUUACAUGUCACCGAAGCAGCACAAGCGGAUGAUUGCGGCAGUGAUCGAACAAGCCAACAAAGUCUACCAACUCUUCUGUCGGCGGAACACAUACUAUACUGGGCGCAAGGUGUCCAUCCUUGCCCAUAGUCUUGGCGCCGCAUUGACCGUCGACAUCCUCUCGAGACAGCCUAGUAGAUGGACGAUGGACGUCGACACCAGCCAAGUUAUGGGCGAUACGCAGACUUACUUAUCUGCACUAGAUCAUUUCUGUUUCGAUACUUCUAAAGUAUUCCUUGUCGGUAGUCCGGUUGCCUUCUUCUUCCAUUUACAUCGUGCGCAAUUGAUUGCUCGUGAAGGCGUAUCAAGUUCGACGAGACUGGACUCGAAGAAUUCGGCCGAAUGGCGCAAAGCCAAUCGGGUCUCGACCGACGAGGUCGGACAGUACGGCUGUCUGGCGGCUGAAACUAUCUACAGUGUUUACAUUUCGACCGAUCCUGUUGCUUAUUCUAUGAAUGCAUGCGUCGAUUGUGGACAUUCGAAGCGAAUCAAGCCGAUUGACGCUCACUCAUUCACCAAGAAGUUUUUAGAAACGAUGAGAAGGAAGCGGCCUAUAGCCGAACCGGAGUCAACCCUUACGCGGAAUGUUUCGCUGAGCUCGUUAUCGUCGUUAGUUGCGUCUUCAUGGAUGGGCUCGACCAAGAAGCGAGAGCCUGAUGAUCUGAUCAAUACCAACAAUGGUAAUCCUCAAGCAACGCUCAUUGGAGAUGUCAUCAGGCCUUCCUGCUCCCCACUCCCACCUUCUGAUCCUCCUCCCCGACCUCCUCGACCUACCUCGAUGAUCAAUAUUGGCUGGUCUGAUCUCGUUCGCAAACGGACAAGGGUCUUCACUGCUUCUUCUAGUACUGAAAAUAUUCGUGAUGAACAUCUCAAAAAAUCUAAACAUGGGGAAGAUACUCUUGGGCGAAUGAGGUUUCUUGGGUUGAAUCCUACCGGAUCAGUGGACUUUGUGAUUCCAAGCUUAGGACUGAACCAAUACGUCGACAUGGUGACAGCACAUGCGGCUUACUGGACUGAUAAUCGGUUUGCAAGGUUGGUUUUGAUCGGCUUGUUUGGCGAAGAAUCGGUGUUGGAACACGUCGGUGAACUCGAAAAUCCAAUCUCCAAUGGUAAUACUACUACUGCUACUACUACUACUACUUGAUCACGAAGAAUCAAAUCCUUUGGGCUCGCGAUUUAUCGAGAAUCUCGGUAUCCAUCUUGGGUUAUCUCACAAAUUAUUCUCCUCAUUUGUUUAUAAUUAAAUGAUAUAGAUAAAGCAUCAUUU